AUGAGCGAUGUCGAGAUGGAAAUAUAUGGGGUGGCUGCCCCAUACCUCCGCAAAUCGGAGCGGGAGAGAAUCGCAGCUCAAAACAUGCCGUUUGAUGCCAAAACAGCCAUCUUUGUGCCUGAUCCGAGGCAGGAGUAUGUGAAGGGGAAAAUCCGGAGCCAAGACGGCUCCAAUGUCACCGUGGAGACUGAGAAUGGAAAGAUGGUCACAGUGCACCUGGACGACAUCCGCCCCAUGAACCCUCCUAAGUUUGACAAGCUGGAGGACAUGGCCAUGCUGACACACCUGCACGAACCAGCUGUGCUCUUUAACCUCAAGGAGCGCUACGCCGCCUGGAUGAUCUACACCUACUCUGGGCUCUUCUGUGUGACUGUGAACCCCUAUAAGUGGCUUCCAGUCUACAACCCAGAGGUGGUGGCCGGGUACCGGGGGAAGAAAAGGCAGGAGGCCCCCCCACACAUCUUCUCCAUCUCUGACAGCGCUUACCAGUACAUGCUCACAGAUCGAGAGAACCAGUCUAUCCUGAUCACUGGAGAAUCUGGUGCCGGGAAGACGGUCAACACAAAGAGAGUCAUCCAGUAUUUUGCAACUAUUGCAUCAAUGGGAGACGUGAGCAAGAAAGAGCAGCUUCCCAGCAAGAUGAAGGGGAAUCUUGAGGAUCAAAUCAUCCAGGCCAACCCUCUACUGGAAGCUUUCGGGAACGCCAAGACUGUGAGGAACGACAACUCCUCUCGAUUUGGAAAAUUCAUCCGCAUCCACUUUGGAACAAAGGGGAAGUUGGCAUCAGCUGAUAUUGAAACGUACCUUUUGGAAAAAUCCAGAGUGACGUUCCAGCUGCUGGCAGAGAGGAGCUAUCACAUCUUCUAUCAGAUCUUGUCAAACAAGAAGCCUGAUUUAAUUGAAAUGAUGCUGAUAACCACCAACCCAUACGACUACCCUUUUAUCAGCCAGGGUGAAAUCACUGUGCUGAGCAUCAACGACACCGAGGAGCUGAUGGCCACCGAUAGUGCCAUCGACAUCCUGGGGUUCAACUCGGAGGAAAAGGUCGGCAUCUACAAGCUGACUGGCGCUGUGAUGCAUUAUGGGAACAUGAAGUUCAAGCAGAAGCAACGGGAGGAGCAGGCAGAGCCCGAUGGCACCGAGGUGGCAGAUAAAGUGGCCUACCUGAUGGGUCUGAACUCCGCUGAUCUGCUGAAAGCGCUGUGUUAUCCCCGAGUGAAGGUUGGGAAUGAGUAUGUCACCAAAGGUCAGACUCCUCAGCAGGUGAACAAUGCUAUGGGCGCCCUCUCUAAGGCCGUGUAUGAGAAGCUGUUCCUGUGGAUGGUCACGAGGAUCAACCAGCAGCUCGACACCAAACUUCCAAGACAGCAUUUUAUUGGCGUCCUGGAUAUCGCAGGGUUUGAGAUUUUCGAGAUGAACAGCCUGGAGCAGCUGUGCAUCAACUUUACAAACGAGAAGCUGCAACAGUUUUUCAACCACCACAUGUUUGUGUUGGAGCAAGAGGAAUACAAGAAGGAAGGGAUCACGUGGGAGUUCAUUGACUUCGGCAUGGACUUGGCAGCCUGCAUUGAGCUCAUUGAAAAGCCAAUGGGUAUAUUUUCUAUUCUCGAAGAGGAGUGCAUGUUUCCGAAGGCGACAGACGGCUCCUUCAAGAACAAGCUGUACGACCAACACCUGGGAAAGAACAGCAUCUUCCAGAAGCCCAAGCCCUGCAAAGGAAAGGUCGAGGCCCACUUCUCACUCAUGCAUUAUGCCGGCACCGUAGACUACAACAUCAGCGGCUGGCUGGAGAAGAACAAAGACCCGCUCAAUGACACCGUGGUGCAGCUUUACCAGAAAGCUUCCCUGAAGCUGCUCUCUCAGCUCUUUGCCACAUAUUCCACUGCUGACGCUCAUGUUUCUGUAUCUGCAGAUGGAAGUAAGAGAAGUGCCAAGAAAAAGGGAUCUUCUUUCCAGACGGUUUCUGCACUUUUCAGGGAAAACCUGAAUAAACUGAUGUCCAACCUCCGGUCCACAAAUCCACACUUUGUCAGAUGCCUUAUCCCGAAUGAAACCAAGACACCAGGGUCCAUGGAUCACCAUCUGGUCCUUCACCAGCUGCGCUGUAACGGUGUGCUGGAAGGGAUCCGGAUCUGCAGGAAGGGAUUCCCCAGCAGGAUCCUCUAUGGAGAUUUCAAGCAGAGGUACAGGAUUCUGAACGCCAGUGCGAUCCCGGAGGGACAGUUUAUUGACAGCAAGAAGGCUUCAGAGAAGCUGCUCUCCUCCAUUGAUGUGGACCACGCUCAGUAUAGAUUUGGAUACACAAAGGUGUUUUUCAAAGCGGGCCUUCUGGGUCUCCUGGAGGAGAUGAGGGAUGAACGGCUGGCUGUGCUGAUGACUCGUCUCCAGGCCGUUUCCAGGGGUUACGUCACCAGGCUGCGGCUCAAGGAGAUGAUGAAGAAAAGAGAGUCCAUUUUCAUCAUCCAGUACAACAUACGCUCCUUCAUGAAUGUGAAGAACUGGCCUUGGAUGAGGCUCUACUUCAAGAUAAAGCCUCUGUUACGAAGCGCAGAGGCCGAGAAAGAGAUGCAGAACAUGAAAGAGGAGUUUGCACGACUCAAAGAGGAGUUUGCAAAGUCUGAGGCCAGGAGGAAGGAGCUGGAGGAGAAAAUGGUCAUGCUCGUCCAGGAGAAGAACGACCUUUACCUUCAAAUCCAAGCAGAGAGGGAGAACCUGUGCGAUGCCGAGGAGCGGUGCGAGGGCUUGAUAAAGAGCAAGAUCCACCUGGAGGCCAAAGCCAAAGAGUUCUCCGAGAGGUUGGAGGAAGAGGAGGAGAUCAAUGCCGAAAUCGCCACGAAGAAGAGGAAGCUGGAGGACGAAUGUUCGGAGCUCAAAAGAGACAUCGACGACCUGGAACUCACCAUCGUCAAAGUGGAGAAGGAGAAAUACGCCACAGAAAAUAAGGUUAAGAACUUGGUAGAGGAGCUCACUACUCUUGAGGAGAAACUGCUGAAGGCUUCGAAGGAGAUCAGAGGUUUGCAGGAGGUGCACCAGCGGACGUUAGAUGACCUCCAGGCCGAGGAGGAUAAAGGGAACUCUCUGACGAAGACCAAAAUCAAACUGGAGCAACAGGUUGAUGACCUGGAGGGCUCACUGGAGCAGGAGAAGAAGGUGAAUGCAGACCUGGAGAGAUCCAGAAGAAAACUGGAGGGGGAUCUGAAGCUGUCCCUGGAAACCAUCAUGGACCUGGAGAAUGAAAGACAGCAAAUGGAAGAGAGACUGAAAAAAAAGGACUUUGAAAUCAGCAGCCUGCAGUGCAAAGUCGAUGACGAGCAAGUUCUUAACACUCAACUGCAAAAGAAGAUUAAAGAGCUUCAGGCUCGCGCUGAAGAGCUAGAAGAGGAAAUCGAGGCUGAGCGAUCGGCUCGAGCCAAAGUGGAGAAGCAGAGGUGCGAUCUGUCCAGAGAGCUGGACGAGAUCAGCGACAGGCUGGAGGAGGCCGGAGGAGCCACCGCCGCUCAGGCCGAGAUGAACAAGAAGCGUGAUUCCGAGUUUCAUAGGCUGCGUCGUGACCUGGAAGAGUCCACCCUGCAGCACGAAUCCAUCGCCGCGACUCUACGCAAGAAACAGGCCGACAGCGUCGCCCAACUCAGCGAUCAGAUAGACAACCUUCAAAGGGUCAAGCAGAAACUGGAGAAAGAGAAAAGUGAGCUGAAGAUGGAAAUCGAUGACAUGGUGAGCAACACGGAGAGUGUUCUGAAAAGCAAGGCUAAUCUGGAGAAACUGUGCAGGAGCUUUGAAGACCAAAUGAAUGAAUAUAAAACCAAAGCAGAUGAAGCUCAGAGGUCUCUGAGUGAUUACACGACACUCAGCGCUCGUCAGCAAACAGAAAAUGGUGAGCUUACACGCCUGCUGGAGGAGAAAGAGAUCACUCUGUCCCAGCUGAGCAGAGCCAAAACUGCAGGGAUUCAACAAAUCGAAGAGUUGAAGAGACUUUUGGACGAGGAAAUGAAGACAAAAAGCGCCCUAGCUCACGGUUUGCAGUCAUCUCGCCAUGACUGUGAGCUGCUGAGAGAGCAGUACGAGGAGGAGCAGGAGGCCAAAGCUGAGCUGCAGCGCUGCCUUUUCAAAGCCAACAGCGAGGUGAUUCAGUGGAGAACUAAAUACGAGACGGACGCCAUCCAACGCACCGAAGAGCUCGAAGAGGCCAAGAAGAGGCUGGCCCAGAGGCUGCAGGAGUCUGAGGAAAUGACAGAGGCAGCAAAUGUCAAAUGUGCAUCUCUGGAGAAAACCAAGCAGCGGCUGCAGGCGGAGGUGGAGGAUCUCAUGGUUGAGCUGGAAAGGUCAAAUGCAGCCAAUGCCAGCUUGGACAAGAAACAGAGGAACUUUGACAAGAUUCUGGCUGAAUGGAAACAAAAAAAUGAGGCGAGUCAAUCAGAUCUGGAAGUGUCCCAGAGAGAGUCUAGAGUGCUCAGUACCGAACUCUUCAAGCUGAAAAACUCAUACGAAGAGGCUCUGGAUCAUCUGGAGACAAUGAAAAGAGAGAAUAAAAACCUUCAGCAGGAGAUUACAGAAAUCACAGAGCAAGUCGGACAAUCUGUUAAAACUAUCCAUGAGCUGGAGAAAGCUGCAAAGCAAGCUGAGCAGGAGAAGAGAGACACCCAGGCAGCUCUUGAGGAAGUUGAGUCUUCCCUGGAGCACGAGGAGGCCAAAAUCCUGCACCUUCAACUGGAGCUGAAUCAGAUCAAGUCAGAAGUGGACAGAAAGGUGGCUGAGAAAGACGAAGAAAUCGACCAGCUCAAGCGGAAUCACCAGAGGACCGUGGACACACUGCAGAACACGCUGGACGCCGAGACGCGCAGCAGAAACGACGCCGUCCGAACGAAGAAAAAGAUGGAGGGAGAUCUGAACGAGAUGGAGAUCCAGCUGGGUCACGCCAACCGCCAGGCGGCCGAGGCCACCAAACAAAUGAGGAACCUGCAGGCUCAGUUGAAGGAUGCCCAGGUCCAUCUGGAUGAAGCGCUCCACUGUCAGGAGGACUUUAGGGAACAGCUAGCGAUCACAGAGCGCCGCAACAACCUGAUGAUGGCGGAGAACGAGGAGAUCAGGGCGGCACUGGAGCAAUCUGAGAGAAGUCGCAGGCUGGCCGAGCAGGAAGUGAUCGACGUCAGUGAGAGGAUUCAACUGCUGCACUCUCAGAACUCCAGCCUCCUCAACACUAAAAAGAAGAUGGAGUCUGAUUUAGCCCAGCUGCAGUCAGAGAUGGAGGACACCGUCCAGGAGGCGAGGAACGCCGAUGAGAAGGCCAAAAAAGCCAUCAUGGAUGCUGCCAUGAUGGCCGAGGAGCUGAAGAAAGAGCAGGACACCAGCGCUCACCUGGAGAGGAUGAAGAAGAACCUGGAGGUGUCGGUGAAAGACCUGCAGCAGCGUCUGGAUGAAGCCGAGCAGAUGGCUCUGAAGGGAGGAAAGAAAGAGCUUCAGAAACUGGAAAACAGGGUGCGUGAGCUGGAAAAUGAAUUGGAUUCAGAACAGAAACGCAGCAGCGAGGCCAUGAAAGGUGCGCGCAAAUAUGAGAGGAGAAUUAAAGAGCUCACUUAUCAGGGUGAGGAGGAGAAGAAGAGCGUGGCAAGACUUCAGGAUUUGGUCAACAAAGUGCAGCUGAAAUUGAAAGUCUAUAAGCGUCAGUGUGAGGAGGCGGAGGAACAAACCAGCGUCCAUUUGGCUAAAGCUCGGAAGGUGCAACAUGAACUGGAGGAAGCCGAGGAACGAGCCGACAUCGCAGAAUCCCAGUUGAAUAAAUUACGAGCAAAGAGCCGUGAUGUUGUCGGUAAAGCGGAAUAGAAAUCUGCACCGUGCAAAUCCACUCUAUCAGCUUUGUGAUGAUGAAUGUUUCAGCUCAUCCAAGGGUAUUUAAAAUGGUUUAUUUAGUUUAAGAAGUUGAAUUUUUGCACCCUACAGUAUAAAGGAACACUUAGCAUUUGAAUUUAUCUGAAAAAAAUGAAAAUCAAAUUUGCAGAAACGUGGUUUUCUUUGGACAGUAAGGGGAAUUUGGAGUCAGUUUCAACACUAAAAUCACGGUAAAAAUGUAAUAAACUGACCUUCCACUAAGCAAGAAUGUCAUAUAGGCAGCUGAUGUGAUACGCUAAACAGUGACCACCCACUUUUUUAACGGCUGCGGUUCAGAAGGUGAAUUUCCCGUUAAUUUACUCCAUUGACGUUUCAGAAAAUCCUUAUAUAAAGAGUUUUACGCAUGGAACAAAGACAACCAGCUACGAGAUGAAUCGUGACAAUAAAACAUUUGAUUCGGAGCAAAAAAAAACACAUUGGAAAACAGGGCGAAGGUACAAGACUGUGUACGUCAUUAUUUUAAGAAUGAAGGAACUACUAAUCCCAUAAACCAUUGCGAAUGGCGACUCACCACCUCUAGAAACUCCUGAAAAACAUUUAAGACAGAUUCAGCAACUGCACGCUUUAUUUCUCACCUCAGAUGUUUUCGGAAACACAUUUCGGUGAACUAUUUUCGUAACAUAAGAGAAAGUUUCUAAAUGAGCUGCCAUGUUGGUCCGGUUUGAAAUCCGGGACACCACGGAGCAGCACAUACGAGCGCGUACACUCCGGUCACGGGUGCGGUACACAUUUCCAUGGUAACGGCGAGCUCCACCAAUCAGAAACAUCGCUGUUACACUUGUUUGUGUUGUUGAUUGUGGGUCGUGUAGUACUUCUCUCCAUGACAUCGCGAAUAAAACAUGUUUUUCUUAAAGCUAGGUUGCUAUCAUACAGACUUGCGGCUUCUACAGGAGCAUACAGUAUAUCAUCGAUUCACAAUCUCGUAGCUCAUGGUAAGUCUACCAUGGAUGGUCACGACAUUAUGGCUAAUAAUCAAAUCCUCAUUCAGAAUAUGAAUGGGAUUUUCACUUCCAGAACCUCAAUGUUGAGCUCUAUUACAUUAAAAGGGACAGUUGCAUUAUGGGAAAUGUAGGAUCCAGUGUUUUGGGAUGUUCCCCCAUACUAGCAACUAAUAGUCUGCAUAAUGGCGUCCUCUGCUGCUAUGAUUUUGACUUUUCAGUCAAACAAUUCAAUUGGUUGCAAUCUGCAACCACACCACUAGAUGCCACUAAUUUCUACGUACUGGGAUCUCUAAAGUCAUUUGGAUUCUUUCUCUCGGGAACAUGAAUGUCUGAACCAAAUUUCAUGGAAAUCCAUCCAAUACACUUUGAGAUAUUUCAGUCUGGACUGACUUGCCUAGACUGACUAGUCAGAUUGUUAAAUCAAUAUGUACAGAACAGAGUUUCUUACAUACAUUAUAUACAGCAUCUGGUCGCCAUUCUGUGUUGUUAAUCCUGGGAUCAGUCAGGACCGAACAAAGUAAACAGUGUCAGCUCGACAUGAGCAAGGAAUAGUGUCUACUCUGCAGUUAUUUGUGCACUGACCUGAACUAAAACCCCAAAGACCUUUCUGAAAGUCUUUGUGCAGUCAAGCACUGUGAAAUGCAUCUGAACUGGGGGAAAUUAAUAAUAUUAAUAAAUGAAUACUCGCCAAAACACCAUCACAUAACAUAUUUAAUCAAUAAAAGAAAAAAAGCUGUUACAUCACAGCUUUUUGUGUUAACAAGAAAGAGACAAAUUAAUAUUCAGUUUGGAGUAUUUGUUCAUUAUUAGUCUGUAAAUAAAUUACCCACCACUAGUCUUGUCUUGGUACCUGCAAUAAAAAUAGAUCGCCAAAAGAUGGAGACACUUUAUCCACGUUUAACAUUACUUUUUAAGUAUUGUUUAGUCUCUUGAACCAAUAAAAACAUAAAAUCUUUUAUUUGUUAACCUGCAUUUAUAUCCUGAAUCCUGUUGUUUAUCAACUAACAACAAAAAGGGAAAGCAGAGAUAUUUGAGAUUGUACAAUUUAAGAAACUGAAAUGUGUGAUCUCUGAUAUGAUUGCUAAUAAAAUAUAUAGUUGCUUAACAGUAGUUAUAACAUUUUUAGAUAUGCGGUUAGUUAGUAAUAAGAAUACAGACACAACCUGGUCACAAUCGCUAAAAAUGGAGAAAAAUGAAUGCAUUAAACCAGCAUGGUUACACUCAGAUGCUAUUACCAUACUGUUCAUUUUAACAAAAAACUGAAGCACACAGCUGACAAUGAAAAUUUGCUCAUUUACACUGCCGUGACCCACCAAUUCAGCCGUAAAAAUCACAUUAGCAUCGGCUCACAGCUUCAGCUGAAAACCAAGAGAGGAGAUAAAAACUCAGAUAAGGACAGGCCUGACAUUUAGGCAUUGUAGAAAAGCCUGUGAGUUAAAAUGGACCACGUCAAAAUCCUCCUUUUUCACUCCUGUCAUCGGUGCAGUAAUCAGCAGCAGCUGGUAUGUUCAUGACAUUUGUAGAAAUCCCUGUGAAGCAGGGUUAGAGUUACUGUGGUGCAUGUGUGACUUUCAGCAGGGGAGGAUUAUGUACGAGUGCUGAAGGUAACCUCCAAGUGAAGAGAGAGUACAAAGCGGAGGACGGGUGGUAGUUGAGGAGCAGACAGGUUGUUGCUUGCACUAACAGGACACUAAGUGGACAGGAAGGGACAGACACACACAGUCCACCACUUCCACAACAUUUUCAAAGACUGUAGGGUUAUUCACUCACACUGGAGAGGCUUGUUUUGGUUGCAAAAAUAUUCAAAUUAGGAAAUUACAGAUUUCUAGUUGGUAAAAGAAACAUAAAAGGCACACAUGAGGUUAAUUACUGAUAUAAAUGGGAUUUUAAGCUUUGAUUUUGUUGCUCGGUGGGAUUUCUUAUUGUCUACAUACACUCUGCUUUACUUCUGGUUAUUAAGAGAUUUGAUGUAUUUUCAAGAUAACAACCUGCUGUUCACACUUG